AUGUUAAUCUAAUUUGUAGUCAUCUUUAUAACAACUAUUUUAAUGUUAAUAAGCAAUCAUACUAAUGAAAUCAAUAAUUUAUGCACAUUAUUAAUUAUAUUCCUAUUUGUUCUAUUUGGAUGUACAUUAUAUAAACAAAAAUAAUUUAUUGAUGUUAAAAAAAGAUUUAAUAAUAAUGUCCAAGAAUAUGAAUUAAACUAGAAGAUCUAUGAAUCUACCAUCAAAUUCUAUUACUUCUAUACUAAUUAAUAAUAAUUUAAAAUCAUUAAAUGGAUAUAUUUAUAUAUAUCAAUCAAUAUUUUACUCAUAAAUUAAAACUUUAUACUCUUAAAAUAUUAAGAUUCAAAUAUUUAAAACAAUAAUAUAGAGAUUUCUUAAUCUGAAUAUUUACUAAAUAUAAUUAAUAUCAUAAUUGAAGAACCAAUGCUUAGUGUUUUAUUCAUACUUAGUUCAAUAAUAGCUUUUAUUUUUAUCAUUUUAGAACUAUUAAAAUUAUUCUUUUUUAUUUUUUUAAUCUAUUAAGAAUGUUCCAUUCCGAUUUAUUAUUACAAACAUCAUAAUAUCAGUAUUUAUAUUUACAUAAUUUUAGAAAUUUAAAAAANAAAUAAUAACUCUAGAUAUUUCUAAAAAAUUAUUAAAUUCAAGAAAAUUCAUAAAACUAUUAAAGCUAUUUAAAAAUAAAUUAUUUUUAAUUAAUUAUUUUGCAUUGAGAAGCCUAAUGUUGUUAUUUUUUUAUUACAAACAUAAUUUUAUACAUCAAAAAUAAGAAUAGAUUUAUACUUAAAAUAAACCCACUCUAAAUUAUAAUGGAUAUUUGGGUAUUAAUUGAGAGGGUAUUGA